AAAUGAGACAUGGAUGCGCCUUCAUUCUCAACUAGUCAUUACAUGGUGAAAAAGUAUUUACAAUGGUGAUCCUUAGCAUCUACAUCGUAUCCAAGUCUGGCGGACUCAUCUAUCAUUAUGAUCAGAAUCCGCCGAAGGUGGAGGUCGAGAAAGUUUAUAGCUAUCCUCUUCCAUUCAAGCUGGAAGUCCAGAAUAAGAAAGUGAUCGUCACUUUCGGCGAACAGGAUGCUGUGAGAGUUGGUCAUGCAGUCCUGGCAAUUAAUGGAGUAGCCUGCAAUGGAUUGACGUUGUCUGAUGGGAAGGAUAUCAUGGAACUGCUCAAUGAUCCAACUCAGUAUCCCCUGAAUGUGAAGUUCGGAAGGCCACCCAUCUCUACUAAUGACAAGCUAUUUCUGGCAUCCAUGUUUUACCCUCUUUUUGCAAUUGCAUGCCAACUGAGCCCUGAGCAUGGAAGUUCUGGCAUUCAAGUCCUUGAAGCAGACACUUUCCGAAUGCACUGCUUUCAGACAUUGACAGGUGUGAAGUUUCUGGUGCUGGCAGACCCAAAACAAACUGGAGUGGAAAAUUUAUUAAGGAAGAUCUAUGAGUUGUAUGCAGACUAUGCCUUGAAGAACCCAUUCUACUCUUUGGAGAUGCCAAUUCGUUGUGAAUUGUUUGAAAUGAACCUCCAGGCUUCCUUAGAACAAAUGGAGAAAGGGGGUCUUCCUGGCACCUAAUGAAUAGUGAUGUGCUAAGAACAAGGUCUAUGAAUAUCAUCAACUUGUCUCUUCAUGAUUCAUCUGUGAUGUAGGCUUGAAACCUUGAAUUUCAUGAAGAAGAAAAGAAGAAUUUUGAUUGGUUGUCAUGGCUUAUGGGUCAUCAUUGAUUGGUUGUCAUGGCUAAUGGAUCAUCAUCCUGACCAGGCUAUCAUCAACAGAUAUAUAUGUUGACUCCCCCUCCAAUGUGAUUUUCAUUGUUUGAG